AUGAAUUUCUAUAUGCUAACUGCUGAUUACACCGAUUCUAAGUUUACUGAGAAGGCAAAGGCUACAAUGCAGCGUGUUAUGCAGCCUAACAAGAAGCAGAAAGUAGAAGUUAGACCAAAUGUUAGCGCUUCUUUCAGAGAAGAUAUGAGACCAGUAAAAAGUCAGUUUUACAAAAAUGAAUCAAUGAUGACAAACCAAAGUACAGUUACAGCGACCAAUAGAAUUUUCCUGACAGAGAAGAGACACAUUAUUGUCCAACGUUGGAAUUCACAAGUCUUUGCCUGCCUGAGAGAGUUUUAUAAGACAGAGGAUGGCGGUAAUUUUAAACCAAGCCGAAAAGGGAUUAAUCUUGCAAUUAUGCAGUGGCGGGAACUGAUAAAGCUCUGCCGUCGAUGA